AUGGCUUUCCGCAGCUUAUACACCCAGCUGUUCCCUCCGAAACCGACCCUUACAGAAGACAAUGUGCCUUCCCAGCAGGGCAAAGUUUUUAUCGUGACGGGUGGUAACUCGGGCGUCGGGUAUGAGCUGUGCAAGAUCCUGUACGGAACCGGCGCCACUAUCUAUAUGGCUUCAAGAUCUCAGGAACGCGCCUACAAUGCCAUCAAUCAGAUCAUCGAGACCAAGCCACCACCUUCCACGCCAGGAACUCUCAAGUUCCUCCAACUCGAUCUCAACGACUUGGAAUCCGUAAAGUCAGCAGCCUUGAGCUUUGCAUCACAGGAAUCUAAACUCGACGUUCUUUGGAACAAUGCAGGAACUGGAGGCUACCGGGUUGAGCCUUUCGCCAAAACUGCUCAGGGUCUGGAGUCCAUGGUUGGAAUGCAUUGCGUUGCAACUCUGCUGUUCACUCAGUUGCUUGAGCCCCAGCUGCGAGCCGCUGUGGCCGCGUCGCUGUCUCAAUCAGGAGCUGUGAGGGUGGUCUGGACGUCCAGCAUCGCCGCAGACCAGGGAGUACCUCCCAACGGUAUCGAUUUUGAACUCUUAGAUACUGGCACGGAAGAUCGAGCCCGCAAUUACGCCGUUUCAAAAGUCGGCAGCUGGAUGCUAAGUCGAGAGAUGGCUCAACGCUAUGGCAAGCACGGCAUCGUCAGUGUUGCUCAGAACCCCGGCAACGUCAGGGCCGGCUCAUACGACGGCGCACCCGCGAUGGUCAUGCUGCUCAUGAACAGAAUCCUCCACGAUACAAAGUUUGGCGCACACACGGAACUUUACGCAGGCUUGUCACCUAGCAUCACCCUCGAGAAUAAUGGCGCCUAUAUCAUUCCUUGGGGGCGGGUUCGACCAGACAGUGAGUGUCCGCGGAAAGACAUCAUCAAUGCCAUGACUCCCGAGGAAGCUGGGGGGCUCGGGUACUGCAAGAAGUUUUGGGACUGGUGCGAGCAGCAAUGGCAGCCAUUUGUUUAGUCAUGUUAAUUGCGGUGUUUACUU